UCCUUGUUCACCUUCUUUCUCUGUAAUUGUCACUUUAGCCAAAAAAAGAUUGCUUUUUAAUCAUCUUUUCGUUUGAUAAGUCGAAUUUGGACUCAAGAAACAGAUGGCUAUGUUUGAUUAAAUUGAGUAUUUGCAAGUUGUUGUUGCAUGGUGUGUCUCAGUUAUGGAGUCAAAUUCACAGCUAAAGCAUUUUGAAGGGGAUGAUGCUCUGUGUAGGGAAAUAUGGAAGGCCUGUUCUGGUUCAUUGUUGGAUGUUCCCAAGGUUGGGGAGAGAAUUUACUACUUUCCCGGACUUCACAUGGAGCAGCUGGAGCAAUCGUCCAAUCUGGAAUGGAUCCAAGGACUACAAUUGUCAAAUCUUCCCCGAAAGAUAUUAUGCCGUGUUCUUCACAUUCGUCUUCUGGUCGAACAUGACUCGGAAGAAGUUUAUGCUGAAACUAUAUUGUUGCCGAAUCAAGACCAAAAUGAGCCAACAACUCCAGAGUUUUAUCCUCUUGAACCUCCAAGGCCCAAGUAUCAGUCAUUUUGCAAGGUUUUAACUACCUCUGAUAUAAAAAGUAACUGGGGAUUGUCCGUGCACCGAAAAGAUGCCAACAAAUGCUUCCCUCCCCUGGACAUGAUGCAAGAAAAACCGACCCAAGAAUUGAUAGUCAGCGAUCUUCUGGGCAAUGAAUGGCGCUUUAAGCAUGUAUACCAAGGCCAACCUCGGAGGCAUUUAUUCACAAAUGGCUGGAGUACAUUCGUUACUAGUAAGAAAUUGCUUUCCGGGGAUUUAGUUGUGUUUUUAAGGGAUGAAACUGGAAAACUACAUGUUGGGAUUAGACGUUUAUCUAAUCAACGCUGCUCCAUUGGGUCAUCAACAUUUUCAAGGCAAAGCAUGGAAGGGGUUCUUGCAGUUGCUUCCUAUGCAUUUGCAACCCGAAGUCUCUUUUCUGUCUACUACAAGCCAUGCUACAAUAAAUCAAGUCAACUUAUUAUGAGCUUGAGCAAAUAUUUUGAAGGUGGAAACCAUGGCCGUGGAGCUGGCAUGAUCUCUAGAAUGCAACACGGGGAUGAGGACUCUCAUGUGAGAAGAACAAAUGAUUUCGACCAGAUAUCUUUAUCUCAGGGUCAACAGACAACAAAUCUUAUGCUCGAGGAGGAUCAAUACAUGCAAGACUCGGGAGCAAUACUCAAUUGUGCUCAACCUACUAUGAUGGAUUUGGAGAUCAGACAACAGACAGUUGGAUCGCUUAAUAAUAUCCAUUGUUUUGCUCCUGCAGAGGACAAUAGACUGGAAUUGCAUGCAGCAGUUUUGAGGGAGAAUAAUGAGGGUUCUAUUCCGAAUGAAACUGUAGCCAUCCAAGCUCAAGAUGAGGACUUUUAUGAGCUAUUCAAGGAAAUUGACUUUCCAGACUCUAUAAACACUAGUCUCGACACUGUAGCUUUGGAUUUGGACAGUGAUUGGUUCAGAUCCACGCUACAAGAUUUCGAUGAAUGGCUUGAAGAGCAAGAGGAGACUAUUCCUCCCGGUCAGCAGAAUUCCUUAGAAGAUCACUCUAGACAGACUUAUUUUGUAUUGGAGCAUCCGACUUCCUCCCAAGUGAUGUCUAUCUCUUCAACCCCGAGUCAGAUUCCCUAUGAAGGACCUGGUCGUGGUGACGAGCAAGUUCCUUGGGGAGGCUAUCAAGUAGCACGACGAUGUUUACCAAUACUCAGCAGGGUUGUCUCGCGGUACCCUGAUUCACUCGUGAACUUCAGGGUCGCAACUAGCAUACUUCAGUCGGGGUAUUUGGAAAUAUUGGCCGAGUUAGUCUACUUUCUUGAUAAUCUUACAAUAGUGAAUUUGUCCAAGGAUCAGUUCAAUGUUGCUAGGCAACAUAUCUGGGACUUAAAGUCAAGUGGCAUUGAAAUAGGUUGGCUUGAAAAGCAUUUACUGCACAUCGAUGAAGUAUUUAGCAUGGAAAGUUUACUGCAACGGCGACAAGCAGUCACCCGUAGAAUGGAGGAGACGUUAGCUACGUUUAGGCAGCUGGAUGAGGAACUAGGAUAUAUAAACAAGGAGCUUCAUGAACUAUGUCUAAAGGUUGGCCCAAAUCCCCCUAUGAGAUUGCACCCUGUCUUGGAGGGUUUAUUGUAGUUUUCAGUAAUGUUAUCCUUGCUAUUUGACUGCAUGAUAAGGAGAAAAGGCCCAACAUAGUCCACCAUAUCUUUGGACGGAGACUCAAAAUGAUCGUAUUUCUUUCACAGGAAGCACCUAUAGUCCGUUUUCUUCAAAAUGGGUCAUUUGCACGAUUAUCCUUCGAAGGCACUGGUCUUUAAUUUUUGUCCCGGCGAUCUUUAAUUUUUAUCUUUCGCCUAAUAUCAUGAGGUUUGGGUUCAAAUUCGGACUCGGUCAUAAAAAAAAAGCGAGACAGAGUUUUGUAGCAAAGUUAGGCCUAUUCGGGCUAAAGUUAGCCCUCAGGCCUGCAAGCAGAGUUUUGCAUUCAAAAUUCUGCUUGAGGUAGAGUUUUGCAUGCAAAAUUUUGCCUUGAAAAUUCUUUUUAUUUUAUUGAGCUGGGGUUCGAACCCAGAACCUUAGGGUAUUAGGCGAAUGACAAAAAUUAAAGACCACCAAUUUGAGGGCCAAAAAUUAAAGACCAGUGCUUUUGAAGGACAAUCUGCACAAAAAAAAAAUGUCUUGAAAUUGUAUUACUAUUGUUGUUUCUUUUGUUUGGGAUACCCUUGUAAUUUUUGUUGUUUACUUUUCUUUAAAAAAAUGUCUUGAAAUUGUAUUACUAUUGUUGUUUCUUUUAUUUGGGAUACCCUUGUAAUUUUUGUUGUGUACUUUUCUUUUUACAAUAUUUUCACUGGGUUUUGUGGGUGAGAAAUUGAGAGAACCCCCUGAACCUAACCCUCUGUUUGGAUGGUUGUUUCCCAUGGUUCAUUAAUGUACAGUAUGGUAUGGUACAGUAUAGUGUUGUAUUGUAUUGUACUGUAUUAAUAAAUACAAUGUUUGGAUAGACUGUAUCGUUUGUUGUGGUUUAAUAACAUUUGUAUUGUUUGGUUUAACUGUAUGGUACUGUAUAAUAACUUGUAAGUUUACGAAA